AUGGCUUACAGAAAUCAAACUUCCGUUACUGAGUUUGUUUUCGUGGGAUUAACAAAUCGCUUCCAGCACCAGGUUCUGCUCUUCCUGGUAUUUCUCUUUGUUUAUCUUGUCACUCUUUUGGGGAACUUGGGGAUGAUCACGCUCAUUUGGAUGGACUCCCGACUCCACACCCCCAUGUACUUUUUCCUCUGCCACUUGUCCUUUGUGGAUGUCUGCUCUUCUUCUGUCAUAGGGCCCAAGAUGUUGACUGAUAUCUUCAUGGAGAAGAAAGUAAUCUCUUUUUUUGGUUGUGUAGCCCAGAUAUGGCUUUUUGGUCACUUUGUAGUAACUGAAUGCUUCCUUCUGGCUGCCAUGGCGUAUGACCGGUACGUGGCCAUCUGCAAGCCCUUGUUGUACACACUCGUUAUGUCCCAGCAGGUCUGUGUGCAGCUGGUGGUGGGGCCUUAUGCCCUGGGCCUCAUCAGCACUUUGACCCAUACAACUUUCACCUUUCAACUGCCCUACUGUGGCCCAAAUAUCAUCAACCACUUCUUCUGCGACCUUCUUCCUGUUCUCUCCCUGGCAUGUGCAGAUACCUACGUCAAUAAGCUUUUAAUUUUUAUCCUGGCCGGAGCCCUGGGAGUACUCAGUGGUGUGAUCCUCUUGGUCUCCUACAUCUACAUUGUUGUGGCCAUCCUGAGGAUACGCUCUGCUGAUGGGAGACACAAAGCCUUUUCUACCUGCUCUUCACAUGUGACUGCUGUGUCCAUCCUAUAUGGUACUCUCUUCUUUAUUUACGUACGUCCAGGCUCUAGUUUCUCUCUGGACAUCAAUAAAGUGGUUUCUUUGUUUUACACAGCAGUGAUCCCCAUGUUGAACCCCCUUAUCUACAGCCUGAGAAACAAGGAGGUCAAAGAUUCAUUCAGAAGGAAGAUCAAAAGGAAGAAGCUUCUGAUAGGUAGGUGA